AUGUUUGAAUAGAGAGCAGUAGCGUUUAACUCUCUUUUUCCAUUUUCAAUUCUCCAUUGUGCAUUGUGGUGCUUGAUGUGCAUUUGCAGAUCUUUCUUCUGUCUCAUUCAAGUUUGGAUCGGCAAAUGCGCACCGUUUCGAUCGCAUCAUCCAUUUCCUCCGCUUCUCGCAUUCUGAGUCUUAUUGGAAGUUUGUUUAUGCGAUUUCUUAAUUGAGGGAGGUACUAUAAUGAUUUGGAGAAGCCAUACGAGAGAGAAUUGCAGUCUAGUGGGAAUUGGGGAAUGCUAUUUUAGUUAUCUGCCAACAAACUAUGGAAGUCGAUAGGACAAUCCCCGUUGCAUCAGAUGGGGUUAUAGAUGGUGUUCAGAAAAUUAGAGCUCUGCAAGGGAGGACUACUGGCCCUACGAGGCGCUCUACAAAAGGACAAUGGACACCUGAGGAGGACGAAAUUUUGCGGAAGGCAGUUCAACGUUUUAAAGGAAAGAACUGGAAAAAAAUAGCGGAGUGCUUCAAGGAUAGAACGGAUGUACAAUGUUUGCAUAGGUGGCAGAAAGUCUUGAAUCCAGAACUUGUCAAAGGUCCGUGGUCUAAAGAGGAGGAUGAAAUAAUUAUUGAUUUGGUGAAUAGAUUCGGGCCUAAAAAGUGGUCUACUAUCGCACAACACUUACCUGGACGUAUCGGCAAGCAAUGUCGAGAAAGGUGGCAUAAUCAUCUUAAUCCUACUAUAAAUAAGGAAGCAUGGACGCAGGAAGAAGAGUUGGCUCUCAUACGUGCACAUCAGGUUUAUGGGAACAGAUGGGCGGAAUUAGCGAAGUUAUUGCCUGGAAGGACAGACAAUGCUAUAAAAAACCAUUGGAACAGUUCUGUCAAAAAAAAAUUGGAGUCCUACUUGGCAUCGGGCUUGCUUACUCAGUUACAAACUGUACCACCAGUUGUUGGAAAUUCGAAUCAACCUAUUGCUUCAACCUCUUCGAUGUUGCAGCGGAAUGGAGAUGACAAUUGUCCUAGGGGGAUAGAUGGAGAGGAAGUUUCGCAGUGUAGCCAGGAGUCAGCUAAUGCUGGUCACUUGUCGUCAGCCAGAGAGACAAGCAGUGUUGUUUUACAAACUGGGGAUGAGUACAGGCCAAAUGAAGAACAUAGUCAAGCAUCCUGUUCAGAGCCAUAUUAUGUGUCUCUGGAUGAAGUUACCGCAUCUCUUCCAGACAUGACAGGCCAUGAGAUUUGCAAUUCCCAAUUCAUUGAGCAGAAAUAUUCUCUCAAUCCUAUGAAUUCCAUAAAUGGGGAUAGUCGGCUUGAUUUAACUGACUUGACCAAUAUUUCCUCCCUGGACUAUGUGCAGGAUUCAUCGCAGUUGCAAAAUGAUUGCAUAGCUCCCAGUGAAAGUCAUGACAUGGUGAAUGUUCCGUUUCAGACUUCGGUGGGGUUAAGUGUUACUUCUCUGGAAUCAAUUAAAGCAGAACAAAUGUUGAUGUCUGAUGAGGAAUGUUGCAGAAUUCUGUUUUCAGAGGCAAUAAACGAUGAAUGCUUUUCUUCUGGAGAUUAUAAUAAGGGUGUAAACAUGAUUGACUUGACAGGAUGCAGCUCAUUUCUUGGUCAGUCAUCAUUACCAUCUGUCCCAUCAGGGGUUUCUUCUACUGGUGAUAGGUAUCAACAUGUGUAUACUACCGAAGUCAAUCAGUUGGUUGGGUCUGAGGAUCAGCAGUUUGUCUCCAGAACACAAGAUAACAUAAUUUAUGCCAAUGACUUAUCCAGUUCUCCUUGUAUCCAGAGGAUAGACAGCGCGGAAAUGCAAGAGCCAUCAGAUGUUGUGCAAGAUAAUUCAAAAUUGGUCCCUGUAAAUAGUUUUGGCUGUGGAUCAGACGUUGAGCAAACUUCCUAUCCAACGGAUGAAAAGUCAAAUGUGCAUACAGAACAGGAGGAAACAGGUGCUCUAUGUUAUGAGCCUCCCCGCUUUCCAGCAAGCUUGGAUAUUCCUUUCUUAAGCUGUGAUCUUGUACAGUCUGGGGGUGAUAUGCAGCAAGAAUUCAGUCCCCUAGGUAUCCGCCAAUUUAUGAUGUCUUCUAUGAACUGUCUAACUCCUUUUAGAUUAUGGGACUCGCCUUCCCAUGGCAGUAGUCCAGAUGCUUUGUUGAAAAGUGCAGCUAAAACCUUCACCAGUACACCAUCUAUAUUAAAGAAACGUAACCGAGAGCUUUUAUCUCCACUAUCAGACAAAAGAAUUGACAAGAAACUUGAGAUUGAAAUGACAUCAACCUUGAUAAAAAACUUUUCCCGAUUGGAUGUCAUGUUUGAUGACAAUGAGACCCAGGGAGGAGAUUCGCUUCCUCCAUCUUCAGUACAUAAAGGGGACUCUGGUGCCUCUGUUGAAGAUAAUAAAGAGAAUUGUGGACAAGCUGUUAGAGUGGAGAAAAAUAAGUCUGCAAUUUUGGAUGACGAAAAGUCAGAAAAAGAUUUAGGUGAUAGUAAUUCUCAGGAUGAGAUUAAGCAGCAGCAACCUCUUGAUGCUGAUUCUGAGAUAAAGAAUGACGUUAGUGCUGCUGCUGAGACUGUGCAACAACCUUCUGGAAUUUUGGUUGAACAUGAUAUGAAUGACCUGCUACUGUAUUCUCCUGGUCAAGUUAAAUUAAAAUCAGAGAGAGUUCUUACUUUGAGUGCUAGAACUAAAAAAGGUUCAGGCUCAAGGAUCAACUCACCAUCUGUUUGGAUAAAGGAGCGUGAAAGACUUUCAGUUGCUGUUACUUGUGUACAGUCUAUCAGUUCAUCAGGCCCAGGGGACAAUUCGGGUGAUCACACUGCAAAAGAUGGUGAUCUUGAAACAUGUAGCAUAUUUGGUGGAACACCUUUUAGGAAAAGCAUUGAAUCUCCUUCGGCAUGGAAAUCUCCUUGGCCCUUCAGCACUUUUUUGUCUAGCCCCAGGAUUGAUACUGAAAUUACAAUUGAGGAUUUUGGGUAUUUCUUGAGCCCUGGUGACAGAAGCUACGAUGCAAUCGGAUUGAUGAAACAGAUCAGUGAACAAACUGCUGCUCAAUAUGCCAGUGCUCAUGAGAUUUUAGGAAAUGAAACUCCGAAGGCGUUACCCAAAGAUGCGUCUGGAAUCGACAGGGAUGGAGACCAGGAAAAUAUCGAUCCUCAGAAUCAGCACAGGAACCAUUCUCAGUUGGCUUCAAGUGCUUUGGUGGAGCGGCGUAUACUUGACUUUAGCGAAUGUGGAACUCCGGUGAAGGGUGAAAACAGCAAAACCUCAGCAAUGAGUUUCUCAAGCCCGUCUUCGUAUUUGUUGAAGGGCUUUAGAUAGUUGCUCCUGCUCGUGCACUGUAAUGCUAAAGUCUCCAGAUGUUGUCCUCUUCAUCCUUAAGUAUAUUUUAUAUAUAGUUUACUAUUUUUUAUAAUUUUAAUUUUUGUUGUCUAGCUUACAGUUAUGAGACUUGAAUUUGUAAUUGUAAUCUACUUCAGUUUGUAACAUUCUCGAUUCUUAAAUUGUCGCCUCUAUAGUAAGCAAAUAUACAUGAAACGAUUUAGACUUCU